AUCACUUUAAAACGAUCAAUCGAUCACAGCAUUAGUUUUUUGCAAUUGUUUUUUUUUUGAUUGAAUUUAAUUUGCCAUAUAAAGACAAAAAAAAUAGUCAUUUAAAGUGAAUUGUUGUUUCAUCUUGUCUAAAGAUCAAUAAUAGAACGAAGAAAACGAACGUGAAGACGUGAUUCGUGUUUUGGUGCAACACGACGAUUGUCUUAAAUCACGCGUUGAUGAACGCCUUUGUUAACCAAACUAUAUUUUAAUAAAACAACAUUAUUGGACACAAAUUUGGAUCAAUUUGAUCACGAUGCCAGGAACUAUUUUAGAGAAUUUGUCCAAUCGAAAAUUGAUUGUCGUUUUGUCAAUUAUUUUUCUCAUACAAACAAUUUCAUUUUUGAUCGGUGCAUUUAUUGCACCAGCUCCAUCAAGUCCCGAGCAAUAUAUAGCCAUACAAUGUAUACCUGAAAAUUCGAAUGAAUUCAGUAUUCCACGUGAUCAUGAUGGUCAUCGAAAAAAUUGUCGUCAACCUGAAUCACAUGAACAAAAUAACAUAACAUUUGCAUUUCAAAUGCCUUUACCACGUGGCGGUUUACAGCUAGAUUAUUCACGAUGGAUGCAAAAUUUAUUGACAUUAAUUGUUCCAGAUGUUCUUUAUGAUACACGACUUUCGAAUAGUGGAAAUGCUGAUCAAUCGGAUCAAGAUCAACAUAUCAAUGCUACCGUUAUGAUGGAUGUACGAUUGGCUGUGAAAAAUAUUGGUGACAAAGAUUGGAAAUUAUAUUAUCAUCGAUCGAAUCUUAAACGUACGGUUACAUGUCAUAUUGAAGGACAUAAGAGAAAACAGGGCAUCAAUUAUGAUUGUGAUUUAAUACAAUUGUUUGAAUUACAAUCAUUGUAUUAUGAUUUCUAUCUAAUCAACUUACAGUUCAUCGCUAAUGAAAAAUCCGAAAAUUUUGGCUUUUUAAAUAAUCUUUCAUUGGUUGCCAUCCAUCAAAAUGGUGGCUUUACAAAAAUAUGGCUAUCAUUGAAAUCAGUAUUUUUCAUCAUUACUUUAUUGACUUUUAUAUGGUAUUUAAAUCGAAUUCAACAAUUGAAACGCGAUACAAAUCUAUUGGAAAAAUGUCUCAUCCUAUUGGGCUUUGGAAUUACACAAUUGAAUGUGCCAAUCGAAUUUUUAAAUCUAGUUAUGGAUAUGGAAUUUAUGUCGUUUCUUUGCGAUAUACGUCAAGGCAUUUUUCAUUGUUCAUUGUUGAUCUUUUGGAUAAUAUUUAUUGGCGAACAUUUAUUGGACGAUGUAAGCCGUGUCGGUUUAUCAUCAUAUUACAAACAACUUGCUAUAAUUCUUAUAGCCUACAUUUCAUUGUUUGUAUUUGAAUCAUCUGAACGUGGUAUACAGGUGAUAGAUCCAUUUUAUUCGAUAUGGGAAGUGGAUUCUAAUUUUGCCAUGAUAUUCAUUACAAUCACCGUAUUGGCAGCUAUUAGCUAUUUCUUUUUUCUCACCUAUCAUCUUUGGCUUGCAUUUCGCAACAUAUCGACAAAACAACAAAGUCUUCCAUCGAUGCCGACCGCCCGUCGAUUGAUCUAUCAGGGAGUAAUCUUUCGUUUUAAAUUUCUCCUAAUAGCUACUUUUGUUUGUGCCACAUGUACAAUCAUUGCUUACAUUAUGGGACAGGUAUCGGAAGAUCAAUGGUAUUGGGAUGAUCAACGAUCAUUUCUCAAUUCAUUGCAAUGGUCUAGUGCCAUGUUUACAACUGUGUUUGCUCUUUGGAAUUGCUAUGUCAUGACAUUGUUGAUUCUAUAUGCUCCAUCUCAUAAGGGCAUGGACAGUUCCGAUACGGAUGAAAUGUCGGUCGAAUUCACACGAUUAACUGAUAAUGAUCUGAAUGAUGGACAAGCACGAAUCAAUUAUUCGGGUAUCAGCGGACGCCGUCAAAAUCCUAAUCCAAAACCUCAAUAUGAAAUGUCUUUAUUACAGGAAUUGGCCACUAAACGCAACAUAAGCUAAAUGCUGAUCUCUUUUUUUUCGAAAUAGACAACACAAUUGAUUUAUCGAUUGUUUUCUUUAUGUAAAUAAUGCCUAGCAUAUUUGUGCCAGUAUUAUU